CAGCGACGGUGUCGACGCGUCGGCCGGCGGCGCGAGCUCGUGCGGUGAGCGUCGGAAGAGGCGACGAGGACAGAAGAGGACAGGGAACUGUGGGAGAGGACGGGCGGAUACAGAGAACUGAGUCACAGGUCACAGGCGAGCUCCGCCGUGCUGCCGCCGGGACCGGUCAGCCACUGCCGUGCUGCCGCCGGGACCGGUCAGCCGCUGCCGUGCUGCCGCCGGGACCGGUCAGCCGCUGCCGCCUGCCGCCGGGACCGGUCAGCCGCUGCCGCCUGCAGCCCCCUGUUAUGACGGACGCCGCCCAGUCACCGCUGCCGAGUGGCCCUGUCGAGUUCCGCGGCUGUCAGUGACGGCCACAGCAUGCUGGUCUCCGCCGCCGGGUGGCGGCCUCAGUGGACCCUGGCCCUGCUGCUCGCCACAGCCGCGCCCGCCGCCGCCGUCGAUCUCGGAGCAUGUCGGCUUCCGCUGGGGGUCACAUCCGGUCAAAUUAAGGACGACGCUAUGACGGCCUCCUCCAGCUAUGACGAGAAUAACACUGGACCGCAGAAUGGCAGGGUGAGCGUGGAGCGGGCGGCGGGCGCCUGGUGCCCGCUGCAUCCCGUGUCGCGCAGUUCGCGCGAGUUCCUCGAGGUGGCGCUGCCGUCGGAGCACGUCGUCACCGCCGUGCUCACCCAGGGCCGCUACGGCCGCGGCCAGGGCGUCGAGCACACCCGGACGUUCACCCUGCAGUACUGGCGACAGGGCGUCGGAUGGAGAAACUACUCCCUGUGGGACGGCUCCACGAUCCUGCCCGGCAACACGAACGUGGUGGACGUCAAGGAGAAUGCGCUGGUGCCGCCGAUGGUGUCCUCCCGGGUGCGGUUCCUGCCCUACAGCGAGUACUCGCGCACCGUCUGCCUGCGCGUCGAGCUGCUCGGCUGCCGCAGAAAAGACGGCCCCCUGGCCUACUCGGUACGCCAGGGGGACGCCUACUCUCCGGAGAUCAGCCUCGGUGACCUGUCGUUCGACGGAGAGGUGCGCCGCGGCUUCCUGUCGCGGGGGCUCGGCCAGCUCAGCGAUGGCAUGGUCGGCGGUGACAGCUUCCUCGACGACCGGGGGUACGGAAAAGGAUACGAAUGGGUAGGAUGGGCGAACAACGCAUCUCAACAGUAUCCAAUUGAGAUUACGUUCGAAUUCGAUGCCGUACGAAAUUUCUCGCAAGUAUCACUCUUCACCAACGUGCACUACAGUCGAGGAAUUCAGAUUUUCUCGCUGGUCCGAGUGUUUUUCUCGGACGGCGGUAAGCUGUACCAGUGGUCUCCGGUGGUGUUCUAUCCGAGGGCCGUCCGAGCCAACGGGGAGACGAGGAACAUCUCCAUCAGCCUGGGUGGCCGGGCGGCCCGCUUCGUCAAGAUCCAGCUGUUCUUCAGCGCUCGCUGGAUCCUUAUCAGCGAGAUACGCUUCACUUCAGAAAUAUGCGCCCAGCCGUGCACUGGCAGUCUAGGCGAUGGAAUGACGAUACCACACACCGAAGUAUGGCGAGCUCGACCACAGGAUAUCAGCAAAAUCAUGUCUAUGUCGGCGCCUGAAGCUCAGUCGGGUCUGUCGGGCGGUCAGCUGGGUCUGCUGGUCAGCCUCCUCUCGUUCCUGGCCGUGGCCGUGCUGCUGGCGGCUGGCCUGCUCUACUGGCGAGGCCGGCGACUCAAAUCAGACAGCCUGACCUACACCACCUUCACGGGGCCGUUCGGCGACAGAAAGGUCACCAUCAGCACAAAGGGUGUCACCGGUAAGAUGGGUCUGACGCCGCUCACCAGCGGGCUCAGUGACGCCAAGGGAAGUCUGUUCGGGCGGCUGGACGUGGCCUCAGGGACUACCGCGGCGCACACCCUGCCCGCCCGGCCCGCCGCCGGCGGGGGCGGGGGCGGCGGCGGCGGUCCCCGAGACGUCAUCAACGGCAACGGCCUGGUGGUCAACCAGCUGGACGUCAGCACGUUCCCCGCCAUGAAACUCAAGGCCUCCAAGUCGAGGGACGACAAAAAUGUCUACCAGUCGGAGAGCACCUCUGAGCUGAGUGACUCCACCACGGCCGACCUGCGGCCGAGCCUGAGCCACAGUCCGGCCGGCUGGGGCGCACCCUCGGCACCCGGCGUCGGCUCCGGGGGUCGGGCCGGCGCCGCACCCGGCCGAGACACGGACAGCCUCCGCGCGGGACGGGGGUCCGGACACGACACGGACAGUGUCCGCGCGGGUCGCGGCUCCGGACACGAUUCGGACACGCUGCGGCAGAGCGGCGGCUCGGGCGGCCGUGACCCGGCCCGCUCCAGCCCGCUGUCGUCCCUCAGGAGACUGCGGAGACAGGAGCACGCCGAGCCGGAGAGAGGCAAGGGCCCGGCGCCGCCGCUGGCCGGUCCGAUAAGGGCGCAGGUGGAGCGGUUCGCGGCCUCCUCUCUGCGCCUGCAGGAGCGGCUCGGAGACGGAAAGUACGGAGAGCUGCUGCUGUACGAGCUGGUGGACGACCGCUGUCCGCCCGGCAGUGUCGCCAUCGGAAAAUGUGUGCGGAGGAACAUAAGCGCUGCGCUCAGCGCCGAGUUCCGCGAAGAGCUGUCGCUGGGCUGCCGGCUGCGCUGCCAGCACCUGUGCGCCGUGCUGGGUGUCGGCGAGGACCCGGCCGCCAUCCUGGUGGAGCACUCGCCGCUGGGCGACCUCAACCAGUUCCUGCAGAGCCGCGUCUCCGAGACCAGCACCUGCGCCGGCAGCGUCCUCAGUAACGGCAGUCUGUUGUAUAUCGCCUCCCAAAUUGCGUCUGGAAUGAGCUUCCUGGAGGACAACAACGUGGUACACAAGGACCUGGCGACGAGAAACUGCGUAGUGUUUGACGAGCUGCAUGUGAAGCUGACGGACACAGGCUCCGGGAGGGAGUUAUACUCGGCUGACUACUACCGCCUGGACGACCACACCCGACUGCCGGUCCGCUGGAUCGCCUGGGAGGCGCUCUUCAUGGGCCAGCAGAGUUCGGCCUCUGACGUCUGGUCCUUCGCCGUCACUCUGUGGGAGAUCAUGACGUUCGCCAGGGAGCAGCCCUUCGAGAACUUCAGCGACGAGUCCGUCAUCUCGAACCUGGCUCUCUUCUACAACAACGACGGCGGACGACUGCCGGAGUACCUGCCGCCGCCGCUGACCUGCGGCCAGGAGGUAUACGACCUGAUGCUGGAGUGCUGGCGCCGUGAUCACGCCGAGCGGCCGCGGUUCCGUCAGAUCCUGCUCUUCCUGCAGCGACUAAACCUGGGCUACCGACCGGCGGCCGAGAGCGCGUGACAGUGGGACGCCGCCUCCGCGCCCGCCGGCAGGACGUUCGCCCUGGUCGAGUGCGCCCCUCAGACGUGAUGCGGACGUGACGUGAGGACGUGGUCAGACGUGAUCUCAGCGGCGACUGGACGGCGGAGAGUGUGGGUUAGACUUUGGAAGGCAGCAGAAGAGGGCUGGUGAGUGCGCUUAGAGCAGGACUCGUCUGUGGGACGUUGCAAUGUGGAUCGGGAGAUUACAGGGUCAGAGAGCCGGCUUCAGGAGAAGUCGGUGUCACUAUGAAGACAUGCACAAGAAGACCGGGACGGGUGCUGUUAGUGAAGCGUCGCUGGUCUUCGCACAGUGGUCGAGUUAGGUGACUUUGCGCGGGUCGGAGCCUCGGAGGCAGCCCGCGCCGAUGUGGCAGUGAAAACAUGCCGUGUGAGGGCCGCAGAACCCUGCUCCUUCAUCUGACAUAGCAUGGUGUCCCACCCGCCAGAGCCGUUUUACAUACACCCAGUCGUGUGCGCGCCUGUGACGGGGUAUCAGUGUGUGGACUCCCCGACCAGUGACCAGUACCAGAGGACUUCUCGCCGAGUUGACGCCAAGCGCGCUCGUCAGAGAAGGCCCGAGUCCUGGGCAUGCCUGACAUCCCUCUUGUGGGACAACUCGAGGUCACUGGCACUCCAAAGUGUCAGCUGGUAAUGCUUUCUGUGCCAAGUGUUCUGCCGGCGCGCCGCGCUCGCGGCGGUUUGGCCCCGGGCGAGCUGCGCCGUCAAGUGGCGCAGCUGCGGCGCUCCGUUGAUGUCAGCAGCGGUUAGGAUGUGACCCUGCUUGUUGUUGCCUUCGGAAGGACAAUCGGAGGAGAUCUGGUGCACUGUUGACCCACGCCGGACGUAGUGAUAGCUGCGCGCGCAGAGAGGCGCCGACGACAUACGACCUGUAGCAGACCGGAAACGUGCAUCCGAGUGUGCGUGACAUGCAUCAUGUGAAUCCUUUGUACUUGUGAAUAAAAUGUAAAGCACC